AUGGUGGUCUGCAAGUUCUUCCUGCAGAACCGAUGCGCGUUCGGCAACAACUGCAAGUUUGAGCAUCCGCAAGGCGGGGCUGGUGGUGGACCAGGACGCAGCGGCUUCGGCCAGAGCGCAUUCGGCUCAUCAUCAGCAUUUGGUGGAUCAACCAAUCCGACAGGCGGAAGCGCAUUCGGUUCCGCGUCAGCGUUUGGGGGCAAUGCGACGGGUGGGAGCGCGUUCGGGAGACCCGCUGGCGGCAGUGCUUUCGGCGCGGCUGCUCCGAGCGCCUUUGGCGGCGGAGGAAGCGCUUUUGGUAGUCAGAACUCCAACUCAGCAUUCGGAGGUGGAGCGACGGGUGGGUCAGCAUUCGGAGCACAGCAAGGAGGAAGCGCCUUUGGAUCGACUUCGACACCAACAUCAGCAUUUGGAGGGGUGAACAAGCCUGUUUCUGCCUUUGGUUCUGCUGCACCUCCGUCUGCGUUCGGUGGCACUUCGGCACCCACAUCUGCGUUCGGAUCGACAUCAACACCGUCUUCAGCGUUCGGUUCGACCAAUUCUGCUCCUUCUGCAUUCGGCAGCACUAGCACACAGCCGACCUCAGCGUUCGGAUCCACAAAUACAACAUCAUCCUUCGGCUCAAACUCAGCACAGUUCGGCAGCAGCGCCGCUCCCUCUUCAGCCUUUGGCUCCACAUCUACGCCAUCAUCAUUCGGCAGUUCCUCGGCGUUCACCUCCCAAGCUCGCCCUUCCGCGUUUGGUGCACCCCCCACUGGACCCUCACAACCUACCCCUUCAACGUCCUCCUCAAUUCCUUCCGGCCUGGCAUCCCUCAACCCCUCCUUCCCAUUCACGUCGAGCACCAGCUUGUUCGGCGACAGCAACCUCCCCGAAGUAUCUCUCACCGCCGCUGGCAUCGCCGAAGACCUGGGCCCGCACGGACGCCCACUCUGGAAGCUCACCGCCUACGGUCCUGCCCGGGGCGAGCCCAAUCUCAUCGUGGGCAAGGAUGUCAGCCCGGACGAGCUGCGCGUGAUGGCGUACCAGGCGCGCGCCGGCGGUCAGGAGAGUCAGUACGCGCAACAUGAACAGAAGCUCUUUGGGGAGGCGGAUGCGAGUUAUCGGCAGCUGGGCGGGAAUACCGGUGGAGCGCUGCAGCAGGCCGAGCGGAAUCGGGUGGAGAAGAGGAAGACGCAGACGCAGACAGCAUCGGGGACUCCAGCGGGUGGAGCGAGCGCGUCCGGACAGCCUUCUGCGUUUGGGGCAAGUACGACGGGGGCGUUUGGUGCCAAGCCAGCGGGUGCGUUCGGUGGAGCGUCGGCGUUUGGAGGGUCGACUGGAGGGACAGGGUCUGCGUUCGGACAGCCAGCAAGCGGGACGUCAGCGUUCGGACAAGCCUCUGCGUUCGGCUCUGCUGCGACACCCGCACCGACAAGUGCAUUCGGUAGCACGUCGGCGUUCGGCUCUUCCAACAACCCUGCUGCUGCCCCUGCCCCCGCGGCACCGAGUGCGUUUGGCACCACCACACCAGCUUUCGGCACCGCCGUCCAACCUCAAUCUUCAGCAUUCAAUAACAGCACCACCGCUGCGCCCGCCAGCGCAUUCGGCACUUCCACCUUUGGCAGCACAUCAAGUGCCUUUGGCACCUCGGCAUUCACCGCGCCUACCAGCGGAGGCUCGGCGUUCGGCUCCACCGCUUUCGCUGGAGCACCAACAAAGGUCGAGGAUCCGUACGCGUCGUCCGUGCCGAAGAAGCAAGACCUCACCGCCGACGUACUCUCGUUGUUUGAACGGGAUCAUUUCGAAUGGGGCGGUGCGCCGUUUAUCGAGCCGCCCAUAGAUGUGCGCUAG